AGUCGGACUCUCCGGAAGUCAAACCAUGCUGACAUUUUUGGUCUCAGGAUCGUUCUGACGUCCCCAGUGCAUUGCUCCAAAGCUCAGAAGAAUGAAGCACCAUUUGAUGAUAGGGACUUGGACCCCGCCUGGGAGUAUCUAUACCGUAGAAUUUGACGACGAAGCUCUCAGCCUAACAUUGAUUAAGAAGACCAGUAUUCCAGAGGAUGAGCCGAUAUCAUGGAUGACAUUUGACCAUGCGCGAAAGAACAUCUAUGGAGCUGCGAUGAAAAAGUGGUCAAGCUAUACCGUGAAGAGCCCUUCUGAGAUUAUACACCAUGCAUCGUACCCCCUAGGAGGCCACCCGAAAGCGGCCUCUGCCGACACCAAAACACGGGCUAUAUUUGUCCUUGCUUCAAAGAAGCCGCCUUACCAUGUAUACGGGAACCCAUUCUACGAUUAUGCGGGAUACGGCAACGUCUUCUCUAUAAACAAAGAUGGAGGUCUACAAUCGAAUGUCCAAAACUACGAGUACUCAGAGAAGUCAGCAAUUCACGGCAUGGUCUUUGAUCCUUCGGAGGCGUACAUAUACUCCGCAGAUAUGUGGGCGAACAAAAUAUGGACGCACAAGAAGGACAGUGAAACAGGACACCUGACGCUCGUUGGCAGCGUUGAUGCGCCAGCUUCAGGGGACCACCCGCGCUGGGUUGAGAUACAUCCAAGUGGGAAGUACCUGUAUGCACUGAUGGAGGGCGGAAACAAUCUCGCGGUAUACGUGAUUGAUGAGAAGACAUACAUGCCCGUGUUCACACACAUCACGUAUCCCCUCAUACCGCCAGGCAUCUCGAAUCCCAAAAUGUACCGCUCCGACGUCGUCUUCCUCACACAGAGUAGCGAGUAUCUCUUCGCGACCUCCCGCGCCAACUCCUUCUCCCUAACCGGCUACAUCGCCGCCUUCAAACUGAACUCAGUUGGCGCAAUCGAGCGCCAGAUCUGCCUGAAUCCUACCCCGACCAGCGGAGGUCACUCGAACGCCGUGAGUCCUUGUCCGUGGACUGACGAAUGGCUGGCUUUGACGGACGAUGAGAAGGGUGGUGUAGAGAUUUAUCGAUGGAAUGAGGAGUUCCUUGCGAGAGUCGCGAGGCUAGACAUACCAGAGCCAGGAUUUGGUAUGAAUGCUAUUUGGUAUGAUUGAGGUAGCUUAGGUGUGUUGUUGGCGGCCUGUAUAGAGUCGUUGAGGGUUGCUCUGUACGCUUUGAGCUCGAUGCUGAGCUGCAAUGAUACCAUGUGCACAGUAGU